GGCGGGGACACUGGGCAGCUGCGAGGGGGAGGGUGGGCCUGUUCCGGCUAGACCACGGCUUGGGAGGAAGGAAGGCAGUGACCGUGCCUCCACUGUCCAGACACGCAGGAGGAGCUCCUGCCCGAAGCCCAGAGCCCCAUGGCCUCGCUGAGCCGAGCCCUGCGCGUGGCUGCCGCCUACCCUCGUUGGAGACCAGCCCAGCACCUGAGGCUGCAGACUCUGGCCGGUGUUACGGGCCCCACGGCUGAGAAGAAUGUGCCCUACCACCGCACCCUGAAGGAGGAGGCCCAGGGCCCUUCGGCGGCAGCCCAAGGACCCAGCCAGCCCCUGCCCAGCACAGCCAGUGUGGUGAUCAUUGGCGGGGGCAGCUUGGGCUGCCAGACCCUGUACCACCUGGCCAAGCUGGGUGUGACUGGGGCCGUGCUCCUGGAGCGUGAGCGACUGACGUCGGGGACCACCUGGCACACAGCAGGCCUGCUGUGGCAGCUGCGGCCCAGCGACGUGGAGGUGGAGCUGCUGGCCCACACCAGGCGUGUGGUGAGCCAAGAGCUGGAGGCGGAGACCGGGCUGCACACGGGCUGGAUCCAGAACGGGGGCCUCUUCAUCGCGUCCAGCCGGCAGCGCCUGGAUGAGUACAAGAGGCUCAUGUCGCUGGGCAAGGCCUAUGGUGUGGAGUCCCACGUGCUGAGUCCUGCGGAGACCAAGGCUCUGUACCCGCUGAUGAACGUGGACGACCUCUACGGGACCUUGUAUGUGCCACAGGACGGCACCAUGGACCCCGCCGGCACCUGCACCACCCUCGCCAGGGCCGCUGUGGCCCGAGGAGCCCAGGUCAUCGAGAAGUGCCCCGUGACGGGGAUCCGCAUGCGGACUGAUGAUUUUGGGGUGCGGCGUGUUGCGGCUGUGGAGACGGAGCACGGCUCCAUCCAGACGCCCUGCGUGGUCAACUGUGCAGGCGUGUGGGCAGGCGCUGUGGGCCGGAUGGCUGGAGUCAAGGUGCCCCUGGUGGCCAUGCACCACGCCUACGUCGUCACGGAGCGCAUCGAGGGGAUCCAGAAUAUGCCCAAUGUCCGUGACCACGAUGCCUCUGUCUACCUGCGCCUGCAAGGGGACGCCCUGUCUGUGGGUGGCUACGAGGCCAACCCCAUCUUCUGGGAGGAGGUGUCAGACAAGUUCGCCUUCGGCCUGUUUGACCUGGACUGGGACGUGUUUACCCAGCACAUCGAGGGUGCCAUCAACCGUGUCCCUGCGCUGGAGACCACGGGGAUCAAGUCUACGGUCUGUGGCCCGGAGUCCUUCACGCCCGACCACAAGCCCCUGAUGGGGGAGGCGCCCGAGCUGCGGGGCUUCUUCCUGGGCUGCGGCUUCAACAGCGCUGGGAUGAUGCUGGGCGGCGGCUGUGGACAGGAGCUGGCCCGCUGGGUCGUCUACGGGCGCCCGGAGAAGGACAUGUACAGCUACGACAUCAGACGCUUCCACCACUCCCUGACCGAGCACCAGCGCUGGAUCCGCGAGCGCAGUCACGAGUCCUACGCCAAGAACUACUCGGUCGUCUUCCCCCAUGACGAGCCGCUGGCGGGGCGCAACAUGCGGAGGGGCCCCCUGCAUGAGGAACUCCUGGGACGAGGCUGCGUGUUCCAGGAGCGACAUGGCUGGGAGCGGCCUGGAUGGUUCAACCCCCAGGGGCCAGCUCCGGUCCUCGACUAUGACUACUAUGGUGCCUACGGGAAGCGGCCUCACCAGGACUACGCCUACGGCCGGCUGCUGAGUGACGAGUACACCUUCGACUUCCCGCCCCAUCACCACCUGAUCCAGAAGGAGUGCCUGGCCUGCCGAGGGGCGGCUGCUGUGUUCGACAUGUCCUACUUCGGGAAGUUCUACCUGCUGGGGCCCGACGCUGCGAAAGCUGCGGACUGGCUCUUCUCAGCCAACGUCAGGCGACCCCCAGGCUCCACGGUGUACACCUGCAUGCUGAACCACAGGGGCGGCACGGAGAGUGACCUGACAGUCAGCUGCCUGGCCCCCGGGACCCAGGCCUGCCUGGUGGCCCCUGCCUUCGAAGGGAAUGGCUACUACCUGGCUGUGGGCGGGGCCACCGCCCAGCAUAACUGGUGCCACAUCACCACCGUGCUGCAGGACCAGAGGUUCCGGUGCCGGCUCGUUGACUGCUCUGAGGACCUGGGCCUGAUCAGCAUCCAGGGCCCAGCCAGCCGGGCCAUCCUGCAGGAGGUGCUGGACGCAGACCUGAGUGAUGCCGCCUUCCCCUUCUCCACCCACCAGCUGGUGCAAGCUGCUGGGCACCUGGUCCGGGCUGUGAGGCUGUCCUUCGUGGGGGAGCUGGGCUGGGAGCUGCACGUUCCCCGGGCCUCCUGCGUGCCUGUGUACCGGGCCGUGAUGACCGCAGGAGCCAAGCAUGGCCUUGUCAACGCCGGGUACCGUGCCAUCGACUCCCUGAGCAUUGAGAAAGGCUACCGGCACUGGCAUGCAGACCUGCGGCCUGAUGACAGCCCCCUGGAAGCCGGCCUGGCCUUCACCUGCAAGCUUAAGUCGGCCGUGCCCUUCCUGGGCCGUGAGGCCCUGGAGCAGCAGCGGGCCGCGGGCCUCCGCCGGCGUCUCGUGUGCUUCACAGUGGAAGAGAAGGUACCCAUGUUCGGCCUGGAGGCCAUCUGGAGGGAUGGCCAGGUGGUGGGCCACGUGCGGCGGGCCGACUUCGGGUUCGCCGUGGAUAAGACCAUCGCCUAUGGCUACAUCUGUGAUCCCAGCGGCGGGCCGGUCUCGCUGGACUUCGUGAAGAGUGGGGACUAUGUCCUGGAGAGGAUGGGGGUCCCGUACACUGCCCAGGUCCACCUGAAAUCCCCCUUCGACCCCGACAACAAGAGGGUGAAGGGGAUCUACUGAGGGGCCCGAAGCAGGAGCACACCUGUCCCCCCCACUGGGCCCUCCCUGUCCUCAGCCUGGGCCUGGCCUGCUAUACCACAAGCUAGGAAUGGACAGAGAUCACCAUGGCCUGUCCAGUGCCUACUGACCGGGGUCUGUGCCUAGCUCACCCCAGGCCUCCCUGUAUGGUUUUGGGCACAGGGGCCUCACUUUGUAACCCUGUGAGCUUCCCAGGCUGUGAAGUAAAACUUGGUAAGUGGCGUAGAA